GGCGAUAUAAAAACUUUAUGUGCCACCGACUAACUGCUGCACUAGCUGAUAAUUCCUGCAUCGCGAGGUUAACUAAUCUGGUUCGCUUUGAAAAACUCUCAAAAAACCUUUAACUAAACUAAUCAACACAGUUCGAGGACGUGAUCAUUAGUUAUUCAGUCAACAAUCUAAAUAAAAUUAUGACCCUAUGCAUGACAAUUUCCCUUCUAUAUACACUAAUUUUUGUACUAUUAAAAUUGUCUAAAUUGACCUUUGGACUAACAUACGUCAAUUCUGUCAUAUCAGGAAUACAACGUUGGACUAUUUCAGAAUCUCCGUUUAUAAUAAAAAAUAGUGAUUUGAUCAUUUCACCUGAAGCCAAACUUAUAAUAGAUCCUGGUGUUCAUGUUCUUGUUGGUGCUGGAUUAUCUAUUAAAGUUAAAGGAAUUCUAUAUGCAAAAGGAACUUCAGAUCAUAGAAUUAUCUUCACAAAAUGGAAACCAUCGACUACGAAUUUCUCAACAUCUGAAAAUUACUUUCAUAACACAACAAUAGCAUCUAACAUUAAGACUAUCACUGUGCAACCUUAUCGAAAGAUUAGAUUAGUCAAUGGUAAAAGUAUCGAUCAAGGUGAACUGCAAUUAUGGUUAGGUAAUAAAUGGAGAUCAGUGUGCAGUGAAAAUAAUGAAUGGAGUAAAAUAGACUCUCGUAUAGUUUGUCAACAACUUGGGUAUGCUGACGGAAAUUUUUCUCUUGGUCCACAAUCACUUAAUCAGAUUUCAAGUAUAAGACUUCGUAAUCCUAACUGCUCAGGUGAUGAAUCCAACAAUGAGUUUGGCUUGUUUUCUUGUCCUGGAUUUAAGCAAAAUAUCAUCUAUGGAAGGAAUAUAUGCCACUUACAAGAUUUGGUCAGUUUCAAAUGUUGGGGUGUUAACAGGAAACGUUUUUUUGGAUUCUGGAAAGGAAUAGAGAUUUUUAAUGCAACUCAUAAGGAAAUCAGUAUUCCUGAGGAAUGGGGUGGAAGUCAAGGGAAUACACGUCUAAAUGUGUCUGCCUCCGUUUUUGAAUAUGUUGAUAUCCAGUUUGCAGGUGUAAACGAAUCAUACUGUUAUUCUGCUGCUUUAAGCUCAAGUCCUUAUCCACCAAUUUUGAACAAUGUCAUUUUUGCUAAUAACGCUUAUCAUGCAUUAGAAUUAAUCAAAAUUCGUGGUCCAGCAAUACUUCAAAAUGUCACAACAAGAAAUAAUCAUGGACAUGGAGUGAAAAUCACCUCACUUAUGGGUUAUAUUAGACUACAACAUGUUGUUUCAAAUAAUAAUAAUGGUGAUGGAUUAGAAAUUGAACUGUUAAGUGGUUCAUCUUAUCAUUGGCCUGAAGAAACACUGGAGUUGACGCACAGAGCUUAUUGGAUAUGUCGACUUGGUUCAAUUCCAGCUAGUCCAGUAUUUCCAUUUUUAAUAGUUGCUGAACUACCUGGUCCCACAUUUAAACAAGAGGGAAUGUGUGAAUUUCAUAUUGCUUCAGAUCAAUCAGAUCAACUCAUCACAAUCACUUUAUUGGAAAUCUUUCAUGAUCCAUCAGCUUCUGGAAGACUGGAAAUAUGGGAUACAUUUACAAUGAGUAAAAUCGCAGAUUGGUCAUUAGAUAAUCAUACAACUAUCAAUAGUAAUGCUGAGAAUGAUAUUACAAAAAGAAGAAAAUUAAGCCAACGUCAAGGCUCAGUAUAUCAAGGCAUUUCUUCUAUGAGAAACGCUAUUCUGAUUAAAUUCUUUUGGAGAAAAUCUAUUGAUCGACUUGUCUGUUCACAGUUUGCUAAUUGUAUACGAGCUUUGCUGCAUGUAUCCGUUGGUCGAAGUACAUUAGCUGAAGUGAUUGUUCAAGACUCUAUUGUUAGUGGAAAUCUUCAACAUGGCUUGCAUCUAAUCAAUCCUUGGGCAUAUAUACAUUUAGAGAAUAACACUUUCCAACAAAACCAACAUGAAGCUGGUGUAAAAAUCCAUGGAGGAUCAGCUGAUAUUCUUGUAAAUAAUAAUAGGUUUAUUGAAAAUCAAAACUGUGGUCUUAAUAUUAGUGUUACAGGUGGAUUUAAACAAAUCAACAAUUCAUUGUUCACUAAUAAUUUUGGUCAUGGUUUGGUUGUAUGGAAUUUAAAUCAAAUAAACAUUCCAUCACGCAGUUCAAAUCUUCCAUUGAGGACAAAUGUUCAUUUAUCUAAUUUCACAGGGAAUCAACAUGAUGCAAUCCAUUUUUAUAAUUCUUGUGCAUUCAUGGAAAUCUUGGUGAAUUUUACGCAUUUUAUACAGAAUCAGCGUAAUGCUAUCAGAGUUUAUUCAUGCCUUAAUAAAAGUGUCAAUACAUUAACUAAUUUCACCGUGGCAUUCAGUUAUUUCAAUGCUAAUAAAAGAAAUUCAAUAUUGAUAUCACCAAUGAUUCGUAUGGUUGGUGAAAUAAAAAACUGUACAUUUGAACAACAUCAUCAUGGUGUAAUCUGGAUUGAUAAUGAGGAAGAUAUGCUCAAGUCUCAGUUAUUCCGUCAACUUCCAGUUGACUAUACUAUUAGUCAUAAUGAAUUCAGAAAUAAUCAAGGAUCAUAUGUGGUUCACUUACGUUUAACCGAAGUAUCUGAAUCACAACAUUUGAGUUUAGUUUACAAUCGAUUCUUCAGUAAUCGUGUUCAAAAUCGAUAUUCAUUACUUAAACCACGUUCAACAUGUCCUGCUGUAAUUGUAAUUGGUUCUUCUAAUAUUCAUGUUUGUCGUAAUCAUCUAUGGAAUCCUCACUCUGAUUUCUAUACACUUGCUAAAAUCAUCUAUCAUCCUGUAUUGAAAGACUUAAAUUUAAGAAGUGAUUUUAUCACUUCAAAUGAACCACCAUAUAUACCAAACUUUAUACAAACUUCAUCAACAAAUGAAGCAAUCUAUCUUGGUGGAAGAAUUCCAGUAGAACAAAACAGGGAAGUGAUAUUACAACCUCUUCAUAAUUCAAAAAGUUACUAUCAUGUGACAAAGGAUAUCUUUAUUCCACCAAUGGGAAUUUUAAUUAUUCGUCCAGGAGUUCAAAUCUUUUUUGAUACAGGUGUUGGGCUAUUUUCUCAGGGUGAAUUAAAACUUGAAGGAAGCGUCAAUUCUCCAGUUAUAUUUGAUCAUCACUCUCAAGAAACAAUGAGCAAUAUGAAUCAUUUCAAUAAAUCCACUAACAAUGAUCGAAAUCAUGACAAAUCAUUGAACAAUAAUACUGUACGUCUUUCUGGUGGUAGUUGGUCAAUAAGUAACAAUAGCUAUCAUGGACGUUUAGAAGUGUGGAUUUCAAGAAUUAAUCAUACUACUGGUAUGGAAUACAAUAGCUGGGCUAUAGUAUGUGAAGAUAGUUUCAAUCGAUAUGCAGCGAUGUUAGCCUGUCUUAGUAUGGGUUUAGUAGCCCAUCCAAAAAGUUGGUUCCCAUCAAUCAGUGAACGAAAGGCUACAAUAAAUAAAGCAAAUGAUUUGCUGAAUGUUUCACAAAUUUCAAUGGAUCGUAUAUCUUACAUAGACUGUCAAGGUCAUGAAACAGAUCUAUCUGAGUGUGAAUAUGGUAGUGGGUUUACGGAAGAUACUUCACAAGAAUGCAUAGAUUCUAUGGACUUAGUUAUUAAAUGUCAUCGUCCUGGAUGGACUGGAAUACAUGUGACUGCCUCAGAUCUUGGAUCUCGAACAAUAAUCUCUCAUGUUCACAUACAUCAUGGUGGUCUUUUGGAUUAUGCACGUUUAGAAUAUAUGCCAAGUUUACAAUUGGACUAUUUCAGUGGGACUAUAACAAAAUUAAAAAUUACUGAAAGUGCUUCCGAUGGUCUUGUUUUACUGCAUAGUGAUCCAUUGAUGGGUGUGAAAAUUACCGAAAGUCAAUUUGUAAAUAAUUUUGGUUCAGGGCUACUAGUUCAUACUCCAUGGUUCACUGUAAUUAACUGCAAAGUAACAGGAAGUCAAACCGAUGCUGGAAUUCAUUUUAAUCCAUCAUUAUCAGUCAAAGAUCGAUUUUUAUUUCACGGUGGCAUCGUACCCACUAUAACUUUAUUUCAAGAUAUAAAAGAUCAUACAGAAAAUGUUAAUCGUAUGGUUACAACUCGAAAAUUAGCUGAAGGAUGGAAUGUAGUGGAAACGUAUGAAAAACUACAUCCUACAGGUAUAACAUUUGUCAGUGUACCUGUAGGUAAACAUAGAGAAAAAACUAUCUUUAGGACAGAGUUAACAGCCGACGAUGUACACCAUUUGCAUCAAAUUAUUAUUGACUUACUUGAAAUUCCAGGAGAUACUAGCCUACCAACAAGUAGACAACAAGCAGAAUGUUAUCCUAAGGCAACUAUUGGUCCUUUAAUAACUCAUAUCAAUUCAAUUCUACCAGCAGUUUAUAACACUGCUCAAAAAUUAACUGGAGAUAAAUUUAUGAAUGAAACAAUAGAAGAACUUAUUAUCUAUGAUACAGGAUUUACCAAUUUCAAUCCACUUCAAGUGUACAGUUGGCGUAUACCAAGAGAUUUAACGUAUUUCCCAAUAAUUUCAUCAACAAAUAAAUUGAUUAUUGAACUUCGUGUAGAUGGAAUAAAAUCUGGCCAGUUUUUGUUCGCUAUUCAAACAAAGAAUCUAUUAUCUUAUUCUUCAUAUCAAGAUUCAUUGUUCAAUAUGCAUAACAAUGUAAAUCAUGAGCAUUUUACUACUGAAUCUCGUAAAUUUCAACUAGACAACUUUAAUCCACGUUAUACAUUGAUGCCAAAUUAUCAGGUGGAAAAUACUAUAUUAGAAGAUAAUUUUGUUGGUGCCGUUUUAUAUCAUUACAGUGAUCCAAUCGAUAGAUUUGGAAAUCUAUAUUGGCGCCAUAAACAUGAGACUUUCACUUUUCGAAAUGUUAAGAUAAGAAAAAAUCACUACACUGGUAUACACAUACAUUCAAUGACACAAUUCACCAAUGACUAUUUACACCUUGAUAAUCAAGAAGUCAAACAGUCAGUUGAACGUAUUUCAUUUAUUAACUAUACUAUAACACACUGUGAAUUCUCUUAUAAUGGUUUUGGAAGCUUGUUAGUUGAACACAAUCCAAUCGAAUUUUCAAAUAAUAUUUGGUCUUACUCUAUCACUGAUUGUAAUUUCUUUGAAAAUGGACUAUUAAACAAUAACAAGACAACUUUAAAGCAUCUAUCAACUUCUAAAACUUUAAAACAUGGUUUAAAAUUAUAUCUACCCUUUAUCACAAAUGAAUUUGAUUGGCGUAAUGAGUAUGGAGUGUAUUAUGAUUAUUACUAUUAUUGUCAAAUUCAGCUGUUACGUAAUCAAUUUAACUUCAAUCGAAACUUUGAUUUCCAAAUUUCUGGUUAUUCUGCUAAAGUCAAUAUUGAAAAUAAUCAAUUUUUUGAUAAUCUCUGUGAAAAUACUAUAAUAACUAAUAAAAUUUCUUCAAGUGGACUAAUACAAUUUAUUGGUAUGCAAAAAGAAAUCAUAUUUUCAAAUAAUCAUCUUCUAAGAAAUACGAAUUGUCAAUAUAUUAUACAAUUACAAGGUCAAAGUCAGUCUAGUAAUCCUGUUACUCCUUUGUCAUAUAUGCAAAAAAAUAUAUUUCAUGAUAAUCAAGUGUGUAAAGAUAACAUGAAUAGAUUUAACUUCAUCAAUCCAUGGGAAUGUUAUGUAAUUGGUGUUUUUGGUUCACAGAAUAUAACAAUCAGAUAUAAUAGCUUUAACAAUUGCAAGUCUCUUUCAGAAAGUUAUCCAUGUUAUGAACUGAUUGCUGGUAUACACUCAGUCUUUAUUCCAAAUUUUCUGGAUGCUCAACAAAACUACUGGGGUACAUCAAAUAUUAAAGAAGUUCGUGAACGAAUAUUCGAUUUCGACAAAUGGAAUAGUUUAUCCUUGAUAAACUAUGAUCAUUAUUUAAGUUCAUCUGAUCUAACGAAUAACCAGAUCUCUUCAAAGCUUUCAUCAUUGAAGCAGAAGGAUAUACCAAAAGAAAGGAGUGUCUUGGGAGGACGAAUUGAAGAAAAUUUGUUCAUUCCAGUUCGUUCACAACCCUAUAAAAUUACAUCUGACAUAACUGUGAUGCCUAGAGUAGAGUUGAGAAUCGAGGCCGGUGUAAGACUAGAAUUCGCCCCACAUGUAGGCAUAUUAAUUCUUGGUAGAAUAGAAGCGCGUGGAACACCUAAUAACCCUGUUAUCUUCACAUCCCUAAACAAUUUUCAAGCAGAAAACAAUCAUUUCGCCUCAACUAUGAAAUCUGGUGUUUCAUCUAGAAAGCUCAAGCGUCCUAAUAUUGUUGGUAGUAAACUUGUGACGAAGACUAACUCGCCAGUUGGUAGAAUAACCCUAUCCACUGAAAAUGUUAGAUUAAUCGGUGGUACACAGCCAAAUGAAGGUUUUGUUCAAUUUUUAAAUCAUUCAACUAAAAAAUGGUCUAUCGCUUGUGAUAAUCAAUUCUCUUCACGUGUUGCUCAAGUGAUCUGUUCAGAAUUCAAUAUAUCUACACUGAAUGCAAUUGUACGCUUUUCAAAUUUAUUUGACCAAUAUGUGUAUGGAUAUGAAAAUUCUUUGAAUAACAAAUAUAUAUGGAUGGAAAGUUAUACUUGUAAUGGCUUUGAAAGUCAACGCGCCUAUUGUACUAAACGACUAAAUUAUGAUGCUAUUCGAUGCUUAAAACGCAGAGAUUUUGUCUUUUUGCGUUGUAUAUCACAACAUAAUAUAACUAUGCUGACAAAUAUGAUGAAAAGAAAAAACACAGAAAACUUAUCUACAUUUAACUGGGGUAAUAUUCGUAUUGUACAAUCAAACUCUGAACAGUAUACUAAGGCAUGGGCUACUGUUGGUCAUCAUGAUGACAAUGAAAUGUUACAACAUAAAAAACAAUCAAUACUAGAAUAUGUACACAUAGAAAAUGCUGGUUUACUGCACGGCGAACGUGUACCAGCAGUGAGCAUAACCAAUGCCUAUCCAAAACUUUCAUUCAUUCGAAUUACCAACUGUCUUGGCUCUGGAUUUGAGUUCAUCACUCCGAAUGGUCCAAUAAAGGUUACUAAUAGUACUGUAAGUGGUUGUCUUGGAUAUGGAUUGGGUUUAACCAUACUUAAUGGAGAUUCAACCGAUCCAGUGACAACUGGCACAGAAGAUUCUCAAUCAUUCUACAGUAAUCCAUCAACAUUACCACCUGUAAAAGAAUCGUUAGUUCCUUUACCACAACCAUUAUCUGAAGAACUAUUGUUUCAACGGAAAAUCGAAGAUUUAUCUCGUCUACCCUUAUCUGAAUAUCCACUUCAAGGGGAAGAACAUAUAUCCAGUUUCAUUUCAAUGUGUUCCAGUGAAAGAAUUCUCUCUGUAUUAGAUAGUGUUCUUGUUCAAUUUAAAUAUUCAUCAUGGUCUGAUGGUAUUCAAACGUGUACAAAAGUAUUCCGUUCAGCAGUACCUGGACGACGAUUGGCAUGGAGAUUUUUGGCUGUCAACUUAUAUCAUGAUCCAUUAAUUAAGAAUACCAUUCAACUGUAUAAUGGAGCAAAUUUCAGUACAAGCCAAUUGAUUACCGUUUUAACACGACAUUCCUUGUUAAACCAACGUAUUCCAGUUAGUAGAAGAUAUACAUUUAUCACUUCACCGAUUAAUGAUGAACUCGGCGUCUAUGUGCAGGCUAGUUCAGCUAGUAGUGAUAAGUAUGGAUUUAUUGCAGAGAUUCUUAGUUUACCUUUAUCAGCUGGACGUAAACAACAUGAAAUGACAGACGGGUUCAUAAAACAUGAAAUCGACACAUGUGAGUUUCUUAACAACCAAGGCGGUGGAUUAAAAAUCACUAGUGUUGGCGAAUUCGGACCAGACAUACAUUUAUCAAAUCUUCGACUACAAGAGAAUGGUUUGAUUAUUUUAAAUGUAACUGGUCCACCAGCAGUCAAACUCCAUUUGACUAAUUCACGUAAUCUAGUUUUACAAAAUUCUUAUAUUACCAGACACUCUGGGGAUGUCAUUCAUCUAGUUCUUUUGGCUAAUCAACUAACUAAUGGAAUUCGAGCCAAUUUGACAAAUAAUGUAAUUGUUCGCAAUCAGUUGGGUAGCAUACUUUUGGCUCAUGGUAAUCGUUUCAACACAAUACAAGCUCGACGUAAUUAUAUCGCUCAUAAUGAUUGUGGUCAUCGUACAAUGAUACAUAUUAAUGGUGUAUUAAGUCAACCGUUUGCUGAUAACUUCAUUUAUGAUAAUCGUGCUGAUAUUCUCCUUAUAUGUGAAGGUGAUGAAAAUUUAAAUCAAUAUUCAAUUUAUCAAAAAAACGGCUUCUAUAAUAAUCAAGCAUUAAAUAGCACAAAACGUACAACAAUUUUCUGUAAAAAUUCUAAAAAUUUAUUUCGAUAUAAUUAUCUAAGGAAUAUACUCAAUGAUUAUGAGCUGGUAACUGGAAAUCAAAGUAUAAUCAGUUCAAUGCCUAUACAACCAGGAUCACAGUGUCCAAGCACGCCUUAUUCAUCCUGUCCUCAAGGAUUUCAGUUAAGACUGGAAUACGACGCUUGCAUAUGCUACAGACCAGAUCAAAUUGAUGCACAGUACAAUUGGUGGGGUGAUACAUCAUCAUCCUCGUCUAGCAGGCAAUUACUCCCAAGCGACUCCAUCAAAUCAAUGAAUGUAGGUACCGAUAGAAACUUAAAUCAGAUCAUUUCACAAAUUUAUGCACAAAGUCGGAUUUAUGACCAUAGAGACGAUGCUUACCGUAUAACAGUUAACUAUGCCAACUCGUAUAAGGAUAAUAGUUCUAUUCUAGGCCAGGGAACUUAUUGCCCUCCGAAUUGGGAUUUUCAUGAGUUCAAUUGUUUCUUCUAUUUUGGAGCACCAAUGACAUAUCAAGAAGCGCAUGAUUUUUGUCUUUCUGAAGUUGGUGGAAUCUUAGCAACAUCACGUGAUCGCGUUGACUGGUUGAGUAAACGCUUAUCAGAAUGGCAACAUAACUAUAACUGGAUAAAUCAAUAUACUUUGGUGACUCGAGCAUGGGUGUAUAGUGAUGUUCGUUUCCCUGCUCAUUGUCCUGUAGUACAAAAUGGAUGGUUGGAGGCAUAUCCAUGCAGUAAGAAAAUUGGCUUCUUCUGUCAGAAGGCUCCGUAUGUGUCUUUUUCGGGCGUUCAAAAGGACGUUGUUGCGAUACUCAGUGUACUAGGUGCAGUGAUACUACUCGUGGCUAUAGCAUUGCUGAUAGGAUGGGUCGUCAAGUCCCGCCGCCGAUGGUCGCAAAGAAAACUCACUGCUCAAAACAGAAUAUCAUGGUUGUCGCGUCAAUAUUCACGAAUAGAGAAUGAACAAUAUGAUUCACGGUCGUCAUUGCAGUUGGGUGCUGUCAAUUCUGCGAAGAUGAACUCAUCUUCCGUCAAUCAAAAUCCUCUAGGAAGUGAAUACAGUACUUUAAAUAAAUACAACAGUUAUGAAAAUAGAUUGAAUGUAAAUAUGACAAACAGUUCCAGUAAGAACCCCAUGCUUGGUCGCAUGCAAUUGGCUUCAUUUCAUCAGCCCGUUGGAUGCAACAAAGGCGAUGUAUUCAAUCCCAGUGAUUUUGUUUUUUCCUGAGAAUGUACCAGAUGAGGUUUCCAGUGGAGAAUAUUCAAUUUCAGACAGUUUUACUGAUGGUGACUCAUCAUCUGAAAUGUCAGAAAGUCAACCAGGGGGCUUGAACAGACGUUUGCAAAGAAAAAGUCAUCAUUAUGAUAAUGGGCCAAUAAAGUACCGUGAGGGUGAAGUAAUGGGAUUUGUAUCGACCAAUGUUUAAAUCUACUUUUCCAGACUAAUGUUUAUCAAAAUGUUAAUGUGUAUUUUCUGUAAAUGAAUGCUAUAGAAAUGUUUUAAACUGAAUAUACUAUUUAUUAAACCG